GUCGCGGCUAUUUAAAUGCCACGGCAGCGGCGCUGGAGCAAGCACACGCCGCGUCGCCACCGCCGCAACAUGAUGGACCUUUUCGAGACCAACGCCUACCUCUUCAGCGAUUUGCGCUACUUGGACGAGAGCGAACAUGGCGCGCUGCAGCACCUGGACAUGGCGGGCGUGUCGCCGCUGUACCGCGCCGCCGACGAGGACAGCCCGCCUUCGCCCGGCCGGGACCGGACGGCGUCCGAGACGGGCGAGGACAGCGGCGACGAGGAACACGUGCUGGCGCCGCCCGGCCUGCGCGCCCACUGCGAGGGCCGCUGCCUGAUGUGGGCCUGCAAGGUGUGCAAGAGGAAGUCGGCGCCCGCCGACCGCCGCAAGGCCGCCACGCUGCGCGAGCGCCGGCGCCUCAAAAAGAUCAACGAGGCUUUCGACGCGCUCAAGAAGAAGACGGUGGCCAACCCCAACCUGAGGCUGCCCAAGGUGGCGAUCUUGCGCAGCGCCAUCGGCUACAUCGAGAGGCUGCAGGAGCUCCUGCACGGCCUGGACGAGCAGGACCGCUCCGCUGAACGAGACGCUGCGAUCGCUUCGGCAACCCAUUGGAAAAAAUCCUGCGAGACCUGGACCGACGCGGCCGACCAUUCCGGCGACGGAUCGGCGAACCCGAGGGAAGGUAAAGAGCGGCUAAGGUUUUCCGCCACGACUAGUUCUCACAGUUUUUAUUUCCAGGGUCCGGCGAGUCGUCGGCGUCCUGCAGCCUGCUGCGUCUGUCCUCCAUCGUGGACAGCAUCAGCAGCGGCGGCAAGGCUGCCGCUUCGGAAAAAUAAUUUCCCAGAGUUCCCUAUCCUAGUGUACAUAUUUUCUAAGUGUCAGAAUUCAGAUGUAUUUAUUUUAUAAUGGGGUGAGGACAAACUUAGGAAGCCGUUGUACUCAUUUAUACAUACAAAUAAAUGGCUUCAUCUUGAAAAAAA